UUAUUACAGAAGAUAUUUUAAUAGAGUUUGUGUGAAACAGGACUUUAUAAUCUCUCUCAACAGGUCAAAACAUGGCAGGAGGCAGCUAGCACAAAGACGGGAAUACAGAAUUUAGGACAACAGAAGUACAAACUACAGUAGUUGUUUACAGAUGCUAGAAGCCAUAUGUCUCAUACUGAUUUAUGCUUUAAACUGUACCGUCGCUGCAUAUACUUUAUGACACUAAUACAGUAUGACACUGUGUAUGCAGAAUUAUCUUAAGGGAAAUUGCAAUAAAAGUAUCAUUUUAAUCCAUCAGUAAAGGAGGAUUACAACUAGCUGAGCUGUCCUUUGUUCUCCAGCAAAGAUAAUGAUUGCACAAGAGCAGCCAUACAGUAUGUGAAGAACAAAACAGAAGGAGGAGGUCAGGGUUAUCUGGGAAGCUAUGACGAGAUUUCUGGUAAUUUCCUGCUCAAAAGAACAAAACUAAAAAUAGUCCUACAUUAACUGAGUUUUGGCUUAGCCAUGUUUCAAGAUAUGUCCUGCUGAGACUUGGUAACCGAGGUUGGUUAUUGUAAGCAAUCUGAGAUUUAAAGGAUUGACGCUGUGUGUGUGUGAGCCAUGGCGUCCACCUUAUCCCAGCAGCAGUUCGGCCAUCUGCGUGGUCUUCGAGCUAAACUGCUGCGGCGCUACGAGCACCAGCCUUUAGUGUCAUGUCUGUCUGGUCUGUACGGCUGCCAGUGGAGACACUAUGAAAAGGGCUCCGCUCAGCCGGGAGACUGCUGCUGCAACAAGGUGGAAGCUGUGAGCUUUGCUCUGCUUGUGGCGGCUUUCUGCGUAACGCUGGUGUUUCUCUACUUCUGGGGACAAGCUAAGAACGACUACAAUGACUUUGACUGGUUUAACUUUGGGAAGCUGGGCUUCUGGUUUCCUUGGUCCGUGGUGCUGCUGGUCAUCGCUGCAGGCUUCUUCACCUACAUCACGAUUCUCAUGCUGCUGGCUGUGUGUUUGUUGUCAGAGGGCCAGAAGCUUUAUUUACACUGGAGCCACAAGAUUGGAAUCCUGGUGAGUCUGACGUUCUCCAUCGUAGCCACAGCCGUCUUAUUUGACCUGUGGAGGGAAGAGUUGAGGACUUUACUACUUUCCUUCCAGAUAACUGCACCUUAUUUACAUGUUGGUGGAGUCUUACUGGUGACAGCGCUGGCUUGGCCGAUAGCUUUGCAUUUCUUUCGCAUGAACGGCAGAGUAAGGCGGGGCCUAAUCAUGGGGGUGUACCUGUCCAUCCUGUCUGCCCUCUACCUGGUGCCCCUCGGUUUGUAUUCUCCUUGUAUCAAAGAGGACGGGACCCUUGGCCCCGCACCGGCCCUCAUUGGCCACAGAGGAGCACCCAUGCUCGCUCCAGAAAACACACUGAUGUCAUUUGAGAAAGCCGUUGAAGCAGGAAGUGAAGGUCUGGAGACGGAUGUCACUAUCAGCGUUGAUGGGGUGCCUUUCCUGAUGCAUGACCACACCCUGCAACGGACCACCAACGUCCACCAGGUUUUCCCCAACCGGACUGACACCCCGGCUGCCAUGUUCACCUGGGCCGAACUGGAGAGCCUAAACGCAGGGGCCUGGUUCCUCUCUCACAAUCCGUUUGGUACAGCUGGCUUUCUGGGAGCAGAAGAGCGACUGCAGGCAGGAAAGCAGUGUGUUUGCAGCCUGCAGGCCUUCCUCCAGCUGGCAGCUCAGAGAGACAAACUGGUGAUCUUUGACCUCUACCGUCCACCCAGUGGUCACCCAUACAGAGACUCCUGGAUCCAACGCACGCUGGAUGUUAUCGAGAACGAGUCCUCCAUUCACUCCUCACAGGUGCUGUGGCUGCCGUCAGAUCAGCGGGCCUUGGUCCAAAGUAACCAUCCCGAGCUCCAGCAGACAUCAGGCAGUCGGCUCCCUCUAGAGGAGCUCCAGAACAACCACAUCGUCAAACUCAACCUGCACUACAGCUCCAUGUCCACUGAGCUCACCAGGGAGUCCGCUGCAGUGAACAUCACCACCAACCUGUACGUGAUCAGCCGGCCGUGGCUCUUCUCUCUGGCCUGGUGUACUGGAGUCCAUUCGGUCACCACCGAUGCUCCCCAGCUCCUCAGCACCAUGCGCUCCCCUCUCUUCCUCAUGAGUCCAGACGAGUAUAACCUGAUGUGGAUUCUCACUGAUCUGAUGUCCCUUGUGCUGAUCACCAUCAUCUUCAUCUUCCACUGGUGGCGAGAGCGAGGACUGGCUUUCUGCUCGGGCAGCAAAAUCACACUGGAUAACGGCACUUAUAGCAAGUUCAAAACAGAAAUGAGUGAUAUAUGGUCAGUCUCCAGCAGCAACUCCCAAGCAGAGAAGAUGCCCAACCUAGCAACCGUCACUGAGCACUAACAUCUGCCUCUGAGAGGCAUACUUGGCAUCAAGAAUUAACACAUACAGUAUGUUUAAUUUGUACAAAAACUGUGUAAAAAUGACAAAUGGUGGUUUUACAGACCUGAUACUUUAUAAUAAAUGUUGUAUUUCCAUAUUUACAACAAAGAACACUGUCCUUUUUUGCCUUAUGUAUACUAUAUACAUUAAUGAAUAUAAAACUGUGAAUAAAAAUAUUCAGUAGAUACUUAUUUACGCAAAAUAUGCGGUGGUGUCAGGACUUUUUUUUUAACCAUUUAAAAGGACUUACCUUGAAUAGGUAAGAAUAAUGUACAAUAUAAACCAUACUAAGUUCCAAUAAAAAGAUCUAUCUCAGACUGUAGGUAUAUAAUGUGGCAUAUUAGAAAACAUUUUCAGACUUCACUUCUAUCUUUGAAUGUUAGUGUUGUCCUCUGGCUCCUAAAAUCACUCAUGUUGUUUCAGUGCAAUCCAUAUUUAAGAAAAAUAAACCUCUGUGCUCUUUGCAAAAUAUCAUUUAUUAACAUCUACAUCAGGAUAUGUGGUCACAGGUCCAAGAAUACAGUGUUAUGAUUAUGACUUCAUGCUUAAAAAUCAACGCUAAUGGUUCGUACAUUUAGAAGAAGAAAAAAAAGACACCGGUCACCAUCUACAGUCUGUGUAUACAUGUUCUACAAAUAGUCUAACACAUAAAGAAGGAAGUGGCGUUUGAACUUUGUGGCACACAUAUGGUAUGUUUCCUUGCACAUGUAUGACUUGUUUAAAUCCAGAUUGCCUCUUUCUUCUUAAUGUCUCCAAGUUUAACUGCAUAAAUUGUCAAAUUGUCAAUUUAUCAAAUAAAACAAAGAAAACUAA